UUUGUCCUCUACCCCUCUGUUUUAUUCUCAAUCUUGCGCUCUUUUCACCACUAUAUUAAUUAUAUCCUCAGCAAAUGCAAUAUACUCUGCAAAUACUUGCGUUCUUCAGAAACAAGAACUCUUGUUUUGUCUCAGAAAAAUGUCCAUCAACUCGAAUGAAGAUGAUCCCACUCUCGCGAAGCUCGAAUCCGCGUGUUCUGAUCUCAAGAACCUCCUUCAUGCUUCAUCCAGCAUGGAAACAAGCCUGACAAAAAUUGAUGAAAAGUUCUUUACCAUGAAAGAAACUUUAAUAGUGGCCUCAAAAAGAGUGGCUCCUCUGCAGACACUUUCUAUAGCUACUAAGGCGCUUGAUUCGCGGAUAAAUCGUGCUGUCUCUCCUGCUCUGGCAUUGCUGGACAGUUUCAAACUCUUUGAGUCACUGCAGAGCAAGCUGAUUGAGCUGUCUGCAAAAUUAGCUGAGAAUAAAGUUCCUGAAAAGCGCGUAAAGUUGCUGCUUGAGUUUGUUGAUUGUGUUGAUAAUCUGAAUAGAGCUAUUAAUAUGAUUAGUCAAGAAGGAGAGCCGGCAAUUCAGAGGUUGCAGGAAGUGGUUGAGUUUUUGAGCAGGACUAAAGCCACCGAUCAGUAUCGUACUCAUAGACUUAAAGAGACUUUGAUCACUUUGAAAGUUCUUUAUGAGACUGAAGUUGAUGCUAUGAAGUUUGAUGGAUUGCUCGACGAGGCAUUGCUGAAUUUGCAAGAUGAGUAUGAGUAUUGCUUGCAGCAGUUGAAGCAUCCGAAUAUCGGGGAGGUGGCAAAUGGUGGUAGUGAUGAUGAUUCAGUGGUUGAGGUGGGGGAGCCUUCGGAUUUGGGUAGUGAAGAGGAGAUUGAAGUUCUUAAAAGAAUCUCGGAGACUCUUGCUGCUAAUGAUUGCCUGGACAUAUGCAUUGAUAUCUUUGUCAAGGUGAGGUAUAGAAGAGCAGCAAAAGCGCUGAUGAGAUUGAGCCCGGAUUACCUCAGAACUUACGAUCCACAAGAAAUUGAUGAGAUGGAAUGGGGGAAUUUGGAAACCUCCAUCUCUCUAUGGAUCCAGCACUUUGAGCUCGCGGUCAAGACUGUUUUUGUAUCCGAGAAGAAGCUGUGUGACCAAGUUUUAGGCAACAUCAUGGAUGGAGUCAUUUGGCCUGAAUGCUUUGUAAAAAUCGCGGACAAGAUCAUGGCCGUCUUCUUCAGGUUUGGUGAAGGUGUGGCAAGAAGCAACAAAGAGCCUCAAAAGCUCUUCAAGCUAUUAGACAUGUUUGAUUCGCUAGAGAAACUAAAGCCUGAAUUUGCUGAGAUCUUUGAAGGGGAAGCUGGAGCUGAUAUAUUUUCAAGAUUUAGAGAGCUUGAGAAGCUUAUUGUUCAUGCAUCCACCAAAGUCUUUUGGGAAUUUGGACUUCAAAUUGAAAGCAACCAAGAUGGUUUACCUCCUCCACAAGAUGGUACAGUCUCAAAAGUCGUUCGUUACGCCAUCAAUUAUCUCAAAUAUCUUGCUACUGAUGCUUAUAGUUCACCUAUGGCUCAAGCUCUGAGAACUGAACAAGUUUGGAAAGCUGGUGUUCUUUCAAAACCUGAAACAGAUGAAAGUUUACUAAAAAACGCCAUAUACAACAUCGUCGAAGCUCUUCAACGCAACAUAGAGGCCAAAAGAGGACGUUACAAGGACAAAAUCUUGCCUCAUAUCUUCGCGAUGAACACGUACUGGUACAUUUACAUGAGGACUAGAAACACGGAACUUGGUACUCUACUAGGGGAGCAGUACAUGAAAAAAAGGUACAAAAUGGUUGCAGAAGAAUCUGCUUACUUGUACCAAAAGCAAGCUUGGGGAAGUUUAGUAAGAUUGCUUGACAACGAAGAGAAUAACAGACUCAACAAAGAAGGACUUGGGCCUUUGGUAAGAGGCAAAAUGGAGGCUUUCUUGAAGGGCUUCAAUGAAAUCACACUAAGGCAUAGAAGUACUUAUAAUAUACCAGAUGAAGACUUGAGAGAACAGAUGAAAGAGGCUACUAUUAAGCUUGUUGUGCCAGCAUAUACAGAUUUCUUGAAUACCUAUUCAUCUGUUCUGCAAGUUGAGUCUUAUUUGAGUCCUGAAUCAAUGCAAGGUGUUUUGCUUAAGAUUUUUGGUGGUGGCAAACCAGGAAGCAGCAACCGAAGGCGCGACAGAGUGAUGCAGGGAAGGAGCUCGGUGUCUAUAUCGAGUGAUCGGAAUUCAGAGAAAAUGGACUUUAGGAGGACAAAAUCAAGUGCAAGUGAAGCAUGAAAAUAUUAACUGGAUUGGUAAUAAGAUCAGUGUACAAUAAACAGGUUCAGUGAUAGGCAUUAGGCACUUGUAUGUUUCUUGGUUUUGGGAAUUACAUAUUGUAGUACUUUUGUUAUUGCAAUGUCAAUAUAUUCAAAUGCUUGUGUCUUGAA